CUGAAAUAGACAGACAGAGUACAAGGAAUACUGUCAUGAAACCAGACAUACACACACAAACAACAGGGGGUCACAAACACAGGGAUCUACAGCUGUGUGAGAAGCCGGACACACCCUCAGACCAGACGAAGGGAGGUAGAGUGUGUGUGCGCGUGUUUCUUUGACCUGUGGCUGUAGAGGAUUAUCCUGGUGUGUGACGGCACACUACUUUUGUCAUCUCGUUUUCUCUACCUGAUGCGGUGGGAUUUCCUGACCCUGGAGUUCAACAGCUGACCCAUGCAGGCCUAGAAUCCGCUUCCCUGAGUUGGAGACCUGCAACACAGCUAAAGGUGCUGAGCAGUGCUGGUACUUUGCUAGCCUUUCCCUGGACUAUUUUCUAAUUCAGGCAAAAAGUUACACCUUCUCAUGCUACAACUAUGAAACAACAGGCACAUUUUCUGCAGAGAUAGGCUACUCUGUCUGACACAGCAAAUAACCAACGACUGUCAUGGCUUAGCCUAAAAUAAUUGAAUCGGGAAAGCCAACGUCAACUUUGUCCAGUCUGUUUUCUUUGGUAAUAAGAGGUGGGAGCUAGUACCUCUCAAAUGACUGACUGUGGCUGUGCAUUCAUUCGGUUGAUUUUCCAAUUUUAUUUGUUUCUUUGGGCGCAACUAAAAGGAAAAACUUAAUUGACGUUUUUUUGGUCGAUAUCCCCGGCUUUCGAACCACGCGUUGCCUUUUCGCGGGUUUCGCUUGCCCAUCAGUACCUCUGCCCACGCACGACUCGAGCCUCCCAGCUGAUAUUUCACCUCAGUCACUGACAGUCACACAUGCCAAGACGUCGUAAUAAACCAGAGUUUGACAUGGAGGGAGAAAACUCAAUUUAAGCUCGACAGGAUAAAUAAUUCACAAGGACAUUAUUCAGCAGCCUAGCAGGAUGAGGAUGGAGGGAGUGAAACUGUUGCUGGUUCUUCUUCUGCUGCUGGGUGCCUGUCUCCAGUGGGUCCAGUCUGGCAAGUCCUCCCAGCACCGUGAUUCACACCGACGCCCCAGAGAGCACCGGGACCAUCGGCAGCACGGGAACAUCACGCUGGCCAUCAUCCUACCACAGAGAAACACUGCCUACCCCUGGGCCUGGCCCCGUGUGGGUCCGGCUCUGGACCGAGCCAUCAACACCAUCAACGCUGACCCAGCGCUCCUCCGUGGCCACCACCUGGGUUACGUGUUUGAGAACAGCGAGAACGAAGAAGGCAUCUGCUCUGAGUCCAUCGCCCCACUCAUGGCUGUUGACCUCAAGUUCGCCUACGACCCUUGGGCUUUCAUUGGGCCGGGCUGUGACUACACCUCCUCCCCAGUGGGCCUCUUCACCACUCACUGGGACAUCCCCAUGGUAACUGCGGGCGCCCCAGCCGUGGGCUUCAACGGCAUCAACAUGUACCCGUCCAUCACCAACACGGGCCCCACGCACAAAAAGCUGGGCAAGUUCGGCCUCCAUAUCUGCAAGCACUUUGAGUGGAAGGAGCAGGUGCUGCUCAUGUUCAGUGACAACAAAAAGGAUGACCGGCCGUGCUACUUUGCUGUGGAGGGCCUCUACUCAGAGCUGCACUUGAACAACAUCACCUCGGUGGACCUGGUGUUUGAGGAGAACACUGGACCAGUCAACUACUCUGACCUGCUCCACAACAUCAAGCAAGAUGGCCGAGUGGUGUUUGUGUGUUGCUCUCCGGACACGUUCAGGCAGCUGAUGGUUCACUUCCGGCGUGCAGGCCUUCCUCAGGAGGAGUUUGUUUUCUUCUACAUUGACAUGUUUGGACGCAGCCUGGACUCCCAGAAUGCUCAACCGUGGGCCAGAGGGGACCAAGACGACCUUGUCGCCAAGGAAGCCUUCCAGAGUGUGAAAAUCCUGACCUAUAGAGAACCACAGAACCCUGAAUAUAAAGAUUUUGUGAGGGACCUGAAGACAGAUGCCAAGAGAAUGUUCAACUUUACGGUGGAGGACUCACUGAUGAACAUAAUCUCCGGAGGGUUCUACGACGGGCUGAUGCUGUACACACACGCCCUGAAUGAGACCAUGACCUCGCCAGAGGACAGACCUGUGGGGAAAACCGUAACCAGGAGGAUGUGGAACCGCACCUACAACGGUGUAACAGGCCUGGUGCAGAUAGAUGAGAAUGGGGACAGAGAGACAGACUUCGCUCUCUGGGACAUGACUGACACCAACACCAGUAUUUUCCAGAUUGUGUUGGUGUACAACGGCUCUCAGAAAAAGCUGCGGGCCUUGCCUGGGAUGGACAUCCAGUGGCCAGGGGGCGCUGCUCCUUUAGAUGUGCCCGUCUGUGGCUUCAAGAACGACAACCCAGCCUGCCUCGCACGAACCAUCACAAUCCACCAGAUGGUAACAAUUGUGGUGUUCUUCAUCAUUAUCAUCAUCCUCACCAUUACUGUCUUCAUAUACAGGAAGCUGAAGCUUGAAAAUGAGCUGGUGGCUCAGCUGUGGAGAGUCUCCUGGGAGGAUAUUCAGAUGAGCAACAUGGAGAAAGUGCUGCGAAGCGCAGGCAGCAAGCUCACUCUGUCCCUGAGGGGCUCCAACUACGGCUCCCUAUUAACAGGAGAUGGAAACUUUCAGGUAUUUGCCAAGACAGGCUACUACAAGGCGAAUAUUGUGGCCAUCAAAUACAUCAACAGAAAACGCAUUGAGCUCACCAGAAACGUGCUGUUUGAACUGAAACAUAUGCGUGAUAUUCAGAAUGAGCACCUGACCCGCUUCAUCGGAGCCUGCAUCGACCCCCCCAACAUCUGCAUCAUCACAGAGUACUGUCCUCGGGGUAGCCUACAGGACAUCAUGGAAAACGAGAGCAUCACACUGGAUUGGAUGUUCAGAUACUCUUUAAUCAAUGACAUUGUCAAGGGCAUGGCUUUCCUCCACAACAGUGUCAUCGUCUCCCACGGCAACCUGAAGUCGUCCAACUGCGUGGUGGAUAACCGCUUUGUGCUGAAGAUCACUGACUACGGCCUGUCCAGCUUCCGCACCGAGAGCAACACAGACGACGCCCAUGCUUACUAUGCCCGGAAGCUGUGGAUGGCCCCAGAGCUGCUGAGGUUGGAGAGACCACCUCCAUGUGGCACACAGAAGGGAGACGUCUACAGCUUUGGCAUCAUUCUCCAAGAGGUGGCGCUACGCCACGGUGCCUUCUAUCUGGAGGGAGAGCCGCUCAGCCCCAAAGAAAUCAUGGACCGGGUGGCUCUGGGUGAGUGGCCGUGCCUGCGGCCUGCUGUCAACCCUCAGAUCCACAGCCAGGAGCUGGGCCAACUCAUGCAGCGUUGCUGGGCAGAGGAGCCCACCGAGAGGCCCGAGUUCAACCACAUCAAACUGCUGCUACGCAAACAGAACAGGGAGUGCAGCACUAACAUCCUGGAUAACCUGCUGUCCCGUAUGGAGCAGUAUGCUAACAACCUGGAGGAGCUGGUGGAGGAGAGAACCCAGGCCUACCACGAAGAGAAACGCAAGGCUGAGGCCCUGCUCUACCAGAUACUACCACAUUCAGUGGCGGAGCAGCUAAAGAGAGGGGAGACGGUACAGGCUGAGGCCUUUGAUUCCGUCACCAUCUACUUCAGUGACAUUGUGGGCUUCACAGCCAUAUCAGCUGAGAGCACACCUAUGCAGGUUGUGACCCUGCUCAAUGACCUCUACACCUGUUUCGAUGCCAUCAUUGACAACUUUGAUGUUUACAAGGUGGAGACCAUCGGCGAUGCCUACAUGGUGGUGUCCGGCCUGCCGGUGAGGAACGGGAAGCUACACGGCCGAGAGAUCGCCCGCAUGGCCCUGGCUCUGCUCAACGCCGUACGCACCUUCAAAAUCCAACACCGGCCUGACCAGCAGCUCAAACUACGCAUUGGCAUCCACAGCGGCCCUGUGUGUGCAGGAGUGGUGGGGCUGAAGAUGCCACGUUACUGUCUGUUUGGAGACACAGUCAACACCUCUUCACGACUGGAGUCCAAUGGUGAAGCGCUGAAGAUCCAUGUGUCUGCGGCCACGCGUGACGUCCUGCAGGAGUUCAACUGCUUCCAGCUGGAGUUGAGAGGAGAUGUGGAGAUGAAGGGGAAGGGGAAAAUGACAACCUACUGGCUACUGGGAGAGAGCAAGAGCAACGAGUCAACGAGCUAAGGGGACGAGCCAAGGGAAGGAGGGAGGAAGGUCAUGAAUGAAGAAGUGGUGGAGGCAAACAUGAGCAAAUAAUGGGAACCACUGAUUUGAAGUGCUGAAGCAAGUAAUCAAAUGAAGAGGCCUGGUGAAUGAAUGAGGUGGGGAGGGGGGAGGUAGAUGAGGAAGAGGACAAGGAAGGAGGAUGUGGAGAACUUUCUUCACUUCAGCCCUCCUGCACUCGAACAUCUAGAUUCUAAGGACAUAUAGAAAGCUACAUGCUCUGAGUGUGUGUGUGAUGUUCUGUGUCUACGUUUUUCCAGUUUUAUUUCUAUGUUGGAGGUUUUGGAUGCAACACUGAUGGUAUUUUAGAUCGGUAAAAAAAAUUGAUUCACAAACACACCUUUACAGGAGGUUGUGGAUAUUGCUACCUGGUGGUCACAUUAUGUAACUGUUUUUUGAAUUCAUGUAUUUUAUGAGUAGUACACAGUAUCCCACUGGGCACAGACGUCAGUUCAACAUCUAGUUUUGAUUUAAUUUUGGUUGAGUUGUCAACUAAUGUGAAUUCAACAUGAAAUAAACAACAAAUAUC